AUUGUAUAUUUAUUUCAUUCACAAGCUUCGUUCAUGUAACAGAGUUCAAGCUUCUCUCUCAUAAACAUUUUAUAAUUCUUAAAUAUUGUGCUAAUGCUAAUAAUAGCUAAUAAAAUUACCUAAAUAACUUCGUUAUUAAAAACUAAUAUAUUAUUCACUGUAUUGUUAAACACAUAUCUGGAAUGAAAAUGAAGAUUCCAAACAAUCGUUCGGGGAACGAUUAUGGGAAUGAAACAGGGAUUAUUUCCUAUAUGGAUAAUAGUUUUGAAUCUGAAAUCGAUGUACAAGGAACGGAAGAAAGCGAUUUUUCUGAAUACCUUUGGAUGGAAAAUGAGGAAGAAUUUGAUAAAGAGGUGAUCCAACAAUUAAUGGAAGAGGAGUUGACAGAGGAAUGUUUAAAAGCAAUGUGGGAAGAUGAAAGACAACAUGAACGAAAUACAAAUUCUAUUGCUUGGUCCACUGCUACUAGCAUGCCUGAGAAUGGUGCGGAACUUUGUCAGCAACUUAACAAUCUAAAAAUGCAUGAUGACCUUGCUAAGCAGAGUACAUUGAAUCCAAAUGCAGCUGAAUUUGUUCCAGCAUUCAAAUCAGCAGUAACAUCUGUAAGUACACCACCAGAAGUUACUGCAGAAUCAUCAUAGAAGCCAUAUAUUCAUUUGUUUAACUGAAUAAAACAUAGGCUAUAUAUAUGGCUAAUGUUUACCAACUUCAGUAACACAGUUGUAUUAACUGAAUUGCAUUAAAAGUUAAAUGACUGUCCCUACACGUACAAAGGUAUAAUGAUCAUCAAAGCAGAUAAUACAUAAUGCUGUUAUAUGAUAUUUACGAGUAAUGAAGUCAGUUGCAUAACCAUAAAUUGAAAAAUAUAUAUUCAAAUUUUUAUAGUCGUGAGAUAUUGCAUAAUAUUAUAAACAUUUAAUUUUACAUAUAUAUUUUUCGGCGAUAUAUUGAACAACGUGACAUGCCAAAAUCACUUGUUAUGGAAAUUUCCAAUUUAUUGUUUUUAUUUUUAACUGAAGAAAAAUAUAUUCAAAUGUGAUCUAUAUAAUUUAUACAUUUGGUUGGAAGAAAAGAAUACAUAUACGAAGUUUCAUAAGUUAUAUGUAUACACAUUCAACAAUGAAUUGUUGCAUCCAAGUGAACACUACCUUUUUUUUUUUAAUACUUUCAGAAUACUCCUUUUAUUCUGAUCUGAGAGUUUUUAUAUACUAUAGUAUGCGUUUCUGAAUGAAACACUUUUCUAAGAGUUCCUUUUGUAACACUUAUUUUAUACUGGUAUACAUCUUCUGUAAUCAUUAACAUGAAUUAAGAAUAUAUACUGAAGUCGUUAAGACUGAUGUAAGUAAAAUGUUGCAUUAAAAAUUGUAUUGCAUCCAAUACAUAUUUCGUUGAUAAAACAAUACUUAACGCAUCUAAUUAUACGAGAACAAUUUUAAUCUUUAUUUUUAUUGUCAGUUCUUUUAUUUAAAAAUACCUAUGUCAUAAUUCUCGUCCUCUAUCAGCAUAUGUCUUGAAAGACUUGAAGAUCUCAAGUGAAAGUCUUACACAGGCUGUGAAGGACAAUUUUUCUGACUCUCUUUUAUAAUGUUGAGAGUCAAUGUAUUACUUACUUUAAUUAAGUAAUAAAAUUUCUAUAAAAUAUAAUAUUUUGAAACUGAUUAGGAUAUAUAUAUGAAAUGUAAUAUUAUUGAAAAAUACUAUAAGUGGUGAUUGUAUUUUCAAUUGUUAACCAAAAUUCAGCUGAUACAAAUGGUACAAGUAUAAAUUUUUCAACCCUUUUCAUUACCGUGUUAUCUGUUUACAUUUUGUGAAUCACCUUAUAAAUUCCAUAAUAAUGAAACUUUUAAGGAAUAAAAUUAUAUUUUAAUAAUGUUAAUUAUACACGCCACUUAUAUGUGCUCUUUGGAUACACGUAUUUAUGUACAAAUUCUAUUAAUAUUUUUUGCAUUGUGAUAGAUACAUACCGUCAGGAUUUUAUAAGAUUGCAUGAACUAAAUUUGUAUUACUUUAGUCACAACAUACUUUAAUAUAAAUGCAGCAACUGUGAUUAUGAAGCAAAUUAAAUAGAUUUAUCAUAUAGAUUAUUCACAGUUAAAGAACCUUGCAUUGAUUUCAUGAUGUUUCACAUUAUUCUGCUUUUAAUUCUUUUUCUAUGUAUCUCUUCUACUUAUGGAUCCUCAUAAAAAAAAAUAAAAGUAAAAAAAAUAGAAGAAAAACAGAAUAACAUAUUCAGUUAAAAGUAGAGUGAAGAAACAGAUAUUUAUAAAUUUAUUUAAAAGAUUCAAAUUUAGUGGUGCAUUAAUCAUAUGAAACAGCAAAUUCUUUUAACUUUUAAAUUUAUUUUAGUAUGAAAAGAGACUGUUUUCUAGAUUUAAGCUUAUUUCUUUAACAGGAUCUGAUGUAUAUUUAAUUCUUUACAAAUUUGUUAAAUAAUAUCGGUAAAAUAUAUCAAUUAAAAGCACCUAUUUAGUUUAUAUAAUUUUACUUUCUGCGAUAAAAUUAAAAAAAAAAUGUAAGUAUGAAACAUUACUAAUAGUCAUAUAAAUAUAUAUCUUGUAGUCAUUAAAUGUGUCAAUUCAAAUGACAUGCAAUGUUUAUAUCCAUCAUAUUAUUAACAUUUUUAGUAGCAUGUCAUGUAUAUCAAUAAAAGCUGUAUUUUAUCAGUAGAAAAAUAUAAUAAAACUCAUCUGGUUAUGCUAUAUAACUAUAUAAACAUCAUAUAAUGUAUUGUUGCAUAAUACUUCGUGUUUUCCAACACUUAAAUUAUCUCAAAUUUAAAUAAUGUCUGAAAAUAAAUAUCACGUUUUUUAUGAGUUAUUUCAAUAGUACCUGUAUUUAUUUGGUGUUUCAUUAUUUUCAUACUAAUAAUAAUAAGAUCAUUUAAAUUUUAAGAAGUGAGCGAUUAUAAUCGUUUCAUAUUAUGUACGAAGAAAAAUACUUUAAAAGUCAUGGAAAAAAAAUUAUUAUUCAGUAGUAUGAAUAACUUAAAUAUUUAGAUCAACAAGCACAAAUACUAUUUUGCUUUUAUUUAAUUUAUAUGGUUGUGCAGGAUAUAUAUUUUUUUCAAUUUUAUGUUAAUAUAAAAUGAAAAAAAAAAACAAAAAAUUUAAAAUGUAAAAAAUACAGAUAAACUUUUUGUAGCAAUAAAUCUUUUUUUAAGUGCCACUACAAAAGUAACGUGUAGCGGAUUAAGAUAAAAAUAAUUAUAUUGUUUAAGCAAGUGUGUAUUAUUAUAAUUAUAUCAUUGCCAUUAAUCAUUUGCAUUUGCAAUUUCCUGUAUUGUAUUAUUAUUUCUGUAAUAUUUAGUAUAUAAAUGAAUUAUAUAAAAUAUAAACUUA